AUGCCUGAGAUUCCGCGGCCAACCCGUGGAGUCGACCCAAGGCUCGGGUUGGUGAGGAGAUGAGAGGGAGAGAGAUAGAGAGACAGAAAGGGGAACUCGCCUUGUAUUUUCUCCACAUGAAUAGGAGAGGAGGGAAUGUGACAGCUAGGACCAUGGCGAUGAAGAAAUACCAAGCAUGGAUCAGGGACGGCCUGGGAAACUGAAGGCAGCACCGCAGGACGAACACCAGCAAGAGAGAGACACCGGCGACCGACCUUGCCCAUUUUCUUAGCCAGGAGAUGAUCUCCAUAUUCAUAGUCUUAUUCAACAGCUUUGGGUUUCUUUCAGGAGGGACGACGGAGAGUCCGAUGAGGACGAUGCCGGUGCAGAACAUGAGGAUGAUGGAGGCGGCGUGGAGCUCGAAGAGCAACAUAUUACUAACCGGCUCCGGCGGCUGAGACACGAGCAUAGCAAAUGCCCCCGGAAUCAGGAGACCAACCAACACCUGAUAAGACCUCUGGGCUUCCUCUCCGCCUCCUCCUCCUCGGGUCUUAAUCGACAGCUUCUCUGCCGCCGGUGGGGUGUCUCCGACCAGAGUCUCUUCUAUUCCCCUUCUAGGUGGUUGGUUUCGGAGAUAGAAGUCUCGGUCUCCCGGUCUGAUUUCAGUGGAAACCGAGAGACAGAAACCACUAAUGACUCAAUCCGUUUGCAUGAUUCAUGGAAACAGUGUCGUCGUGAGAGACUUGGAACUUACGGAAACAGAAUUUCCUGUAUGAACGCCUCCUCAGCGGCCCCUCGUCUCCGAACCCGUUGAUAAGUCUUCAUUAUCAUGAGUUAAUAAUUAGUAAAUAAUAUAGUUUUAGCCUUAACUCAUGAUAAAUAGACUUAUAUUUGUGUUAAAGCAUGAAAAGUGGUUUUCAGUUGAUUAACGUGAAUUUUUGGGUAAUUAUGUGAUUUUAUACGAUUUUUACAGUCUUAGUUUUGAGAUAAAUGAAGAACGAGAAAUAAAAAUAAAAAUAUUGCAAAAUGGGGGAACCCGCCGGCCAGCCGGGGCCCGCAAGCGGGUCGGAAGCGCAGUCGGGGAGUAGUCGCGAGCAGGGGCUCGAGCGGCUUGCUUGGAUCGAUAGGGGCACGUGUGCGCCACUCCCCUUCCACGUCACCGGUGGUCAGCCGGCUGUGGGGCAAGGAGUGGUCGUACACGCCAGAGGACUUUUCCUAAAAAGCUAACUUUACUAUAUAUUCGCCCGAAUAAUCCGCGCACAAACGAUGUGGGACUAAAUCCCUUGUUCAGGGGCGGGCGACCGCCGCGGGUUCGAAUCCUCCCAGAGUCAAAAUUCAUAUAUUUUUAACUGAUUAUCGCGACUUUCCUGCAGAUCGCCGGUGAAGGAUUAAGCAACCGGAAUCGCUGGAUCAUCGGCGAAAAUCUCGUCAACGCGAUUCGCGGAGCAUUGCUACUAAAAUUUCUGAACGAUUCGCGAUAAAAGGAUCGCAAUCCAUCGAGUAAAUCAUCUCCGAUUGAUCGGCGAACAAGCCGUCGUCGGGAAGAGGACGAUCCGCCGGGAGACCAGUCGCCACCUCCUGAGAGCGUACCAGAUGCGAUGAAGAGCCUCCUCUUGCUGCGCGGACCUGAGGAUGAAGCUCCCUAACACGCGCCUCACCUCCAUCCAGCCCCUCUCCGUCGGGUGACAGCCGCCGAAGAUCCGCAAAGUCGCCGUUUUUCCACUCCGCCGGGUGAUAGCCGCCGGAGACGAUUCGACGACCCACUUCAUUAGUCUCUAGACUUCGCGAGAAGAUCUAGAGAUUGCCCACGUCGUCUUUGUCCAAGGAGAGCCUUCGAGGCCGUGGACACUGCACGACGACCCUCCCGAACGCUCAGGAUUCCAGUGCAUCGCCGACGCGUCGCCGUCGCGACGCCGGAACUCUGUUUUCCUGCUUUAUCUAGAGAUUGCCCACGUCGUCUUUGUCCAAGGAGAGCCUUCAAGGCCAUGGACACUGCACGACGAUCCUCCCGAAUGCUCAGGAUUCCGGUGCAUCGCCGACGCAUCGCCGUCGCGACGCCGGAACUCUGUUUUCCUGCUUUCAAUUUAAUUUACGCUUCAUUUAGUGAUACUUUGUUGAUUUUUAUUUACCAAACUAUACUUCGUUCAACUACGAUUCUUCCGGCUUUUACAGCUCUUAAUUUGAUUAAUUGAGUCGUCUGUAAUCGCCUACGUAAGAAUCGCCGGGCGGAACUCUGUUUCCGCCUGAUUCGCGUUCGCCGGGCGCUGACGUCAUCCUGACGUCCGCACCCUUAUUUCCUCUUUUUUUUUGUGAAUUUUAAAUAUAUUUCCUUUUUAUUUCCUAGUAUAAAAUUCGUAAGAAAAUUGUACUCAUUGAGAAAAAUUCUGAAUAAUUACCAGAUAUUAUAUUACAUCCCUGUGAUCGACCUGGAAAAUUACCGCUAUUUUUGGAAUUUUUAUUGAAUUAUAAUUGAUAUAUUUAUUUAGAAAUACUUCUAAAUAUCCGAAAAUUCGUAUUUUCUAGUUUUAUAAAUUUUAUAUUUGCGUGAUUUAACAUACAACGACUGAGUCACGUCACCCGUCCCUGUCUCGGCGGUUGCUUAACAAUUCAUUUUUAAUUCUCGGCCGGCCGACCACUUGCCGACGUUCUCGGCUAUAAGCAAGCCGGCUUGCUUAGAAGUCUCUUCUAUUCCCCUUCUAGGUGGUUGGUUUCGGAGAUAGAAGUCUCGGUCUCCCGGUCUGAUUUCAGUGGAGACCGAGAGACAGAAACCACUAAUGACUCUGGUCGGAGACACCCCACCGGCGGCAGAGAAGCUGUCGAUCAACACCCAUGCCUCCAACGGGUUGAAAACCCAGAUUCCGCGAGGGUUGCAGAGAAUUAGUGAGAGUGGAUGGAUCACAGUCGGGAGUAUUCAAUUUGUAUGACGAUUGGGAUUGAAACAGGUAGAAAACAGAGGGAUUCUUAUCGAUGGACGUGCCCAAAAGAGGGAAGAACAAAGGGAGCUGCCGCCGCCUCAGUGUUUCUUCUCUUGGGUAUGGAUGCCGUCGAGGUGAGCUCCAAGGGUCCUCAUCAUCCAUUCUUAUACGUAGUCCUCAACCACGGGAUCCGCUUGCUCCUCUGCGGCGACCUACACAAAAUCAAACAGUCGUCCCGCGGCGGAGAUCAGAUGCCUGAGAUUCCGGGGCCAACCCGUGGAGUCGACCCAAGCCUCGGGUUGGUGAGGAGAUGAGAGGGAGAGAGAUAGAGAGAUAGAAAGGGGAACUCGCCUUGUAUUUUCUCCACAUGAAUAGGAGAGGAGGGAAUGUGACAGCUAGGACCAUGGCGAUGAAGAAAUACCAAGCAUGGAUCAGGGACGGCCUGGGAAACUGAAGGCAGCACCGCAGGACGAACACCAGCAAGAGAGAGACACCGGCAACCGACCUUGCCCAUUUUCUUAGCCAGGAGAUGAUCUCCAUAUUCAUAGUCUUAUUCAACAGCUUUGGGGUUCUUUCAGGAGGGACGACGGAGAGUCCGAUGAGGACGAUGCCGGUGCAGAACAUGAGGAUGAUGGAGGCGGCGUGGAGCUCGAAGAGCAACAUGUUACUAACCGGCUCCGGCGGCUGAGACACGAGCAUAGCAAAUGCCCCCGGAAUCAGGAGACCAACCAACACCUGAUAAGACCUCUGGGCUUCCUCUCCGCCUCCUCCUCCUCGGGUCUUAAUCGACAGCUUCUCUGCCGCCGGUGGGGUGUCUCCGACCAGAGUCAUUAGUGGUUUCUGUCUCUCGGUCUCCACUGAAAUCAGACCGGGAGACCGAGGCUUCUAUCUCCGAAACCAACCACCUAGAAGGGGAAUAGAAACCCAUCAAUCCGUUUGCAUGAUUCAUGGAAACAGUGUCGUCGUGAGAGACUUGGAACUUAUGGAAACAGAGUUUCCUGUAUGAACGCUAAAAAUUUGGGUCGAUGAAAUCAAAUGAAUGGUGGCGUGCGUAGGCACUCGUCUUGAAGGUGGGGCCGCUGAGGAGGCGGAAGUUUUGGCCGGAGACGAGGGUGUCGGAGGGGGGGAGGAGGGCAUCGAAGCUCAGCCAGAGGACUGACAGAGCCGUUUAGGGUGUCGUCGACUGAGAGGGGAGAUGGGGUCAAAGAAGACGUUCUUCCUUUCCCCCCUGCACUCCCUUCUAAUCACUACCCCCGGUCUCCGGCGGAGGAUGCCAUGGACGGAGCGAGGAAAAUAUGAAGAAGAGGGAAGGAGGACGGUGGUCUGGUCUGCGGAUGGGUUUCACCGAGGAGACUCUGUUGAUGGUGGUCGCCGCAGGAGAGAAGAGACAAGGGAAUAAGAGCAGAGAACGGCGGUGGUGGCGGGAGUGGCGGCGGCAACGGCAGCUACGGCGUCGACGGCGGCGGAUUGUUACAAGGGAUUUGAAGAUAGCUGUGGAUGGUAACAAUGGAGGGUUGGUGAAGGCUGGCGGCGGCGGCGCGUCGGAUCACAACUGGGGUUGGCGGACAGCGACGACGAUCACCGAUAAACUGCUGAACGAGGGAUUACUCGUCGCAAGUACGAGAAGAGAAGAUCCAUGCUUGAAUCAAAAGUUUGCCCCGUUUUGAUAGAUGCGUACCUGGGAGAACAGAAGCUCUUCUGAACACCCCAUGCCUACCCCGACUAACUUAUAGCCGAGAACGUCGGCAAGUGGUCGGCCGGCCGAGAAUUAAAAAUGAAUUGUUAAGCAACCGCCGAGACAGGGACGGGUGACGUGACUCAGUCGUUGUAUGUUAAAUCACGCAAAUAUAAAAUUUAUAAAACUAGAAAAUACGAAUUUUCGGAUAUUUAGAAGUAUUUCUAAAUAAAUAUAUCAAUUAUAAUUCAAUAAAAAUUCCAAAAAUAGCGGUAAUUUUCCAGGUCGAUCACAGGGAUGUAAUAUAAUAUCUGGUAAUUAUUCGGAAUUUUUCUCAAUGAGUACGAUUUUCUUACGAAUUUUAUACUAGGAAAUAAAAAGGAAAUAUAUUUAAAAUUCACGAAAAAAAAAGGAAAUAAGGGUGCGGACGUCAGGAUGACGUCAGCGCCCGGCGAACGCGAAUCAGGCGGAAACAGAGUUCCGCCCGGCGAUUCUUACGUAGGCGAUUACAGACGACUCAAUUAAUCAAAUUAAGAUCUGUAAAAGCCGGAAGAAUCGUAAUUGAACAAAGUAUAGUUUGGUAAAUAAAAAUCAACAAAGUAUCACUAAAUGAAGCGUAAAUUAAAUUGAAAGCAGGAAAACAGAGUUCCGGCGUCGCGACGGCGAUGCGUCGAUGAUGCACCGGAAUCCUGAGCAUUCGGGAGGAUCGUCGUGCAGUGUCCACGGCCUCGAAGGCUCUCCUUGGACAAAGACGACGUGGGCAAUCUCUAG